CCCAGUGCCACCGAGCAGCCCUCCAGCAUGGUGAAGGUGGCCAGGGUGGUCUGUGCCCUCCUUCUCGCGGCACUGUGUUGCCAGAGCCUGGCUCAGAGAGCCCCGGCUGUGCCAGAGAAAUGCUGCUUCAACUUCCAGAUGAGAAGGAUCAAGAGGGACAACAUCGUUGCCUGCUACCCCACCAGCCCCGAGUGCCCACACCAGGCUGUGAUCUUCAGGGUGAGGAACGGGAAGGAGAUCUGUGCCCAGGCGAGCAGGCCUUGGGUGAAGAGGUACCAGCAGAGCCUCCAAGUCAGCUCCUUCUCCAUCCCCAGUUAGCAGGGCUGCCAGAGGCAGCACAGAGAGUCCCCUCCACAGGAGGCAGGACACGGCAAAGGCAACUCCUUUGCAGAGGUGGCUGCAGGGACACCACCUUUGGAUACAGCAGCUCAUUGAGGACCUCCUCCCCAUCACGCUGUCACCAUCACCAUCUCCCCAAAGGCAAAGGGCCUUUGCCAUCCCUGGCAUCCCACCAAGAGGGGAUGUGCCAACCCUAUGGGGUGCUGGGGUCCCGACCCGCUGCCAGCCCCCACGCUCCCAGCCCAGCGUGCCGGCAGCUGCCCGUGCCCCUCGCAGGCAGCAGCAGCCUGGCGGGGAGGCUGCGCUCGCCGGCCCAGCGGCAGCAGAGGGGU